AUGAAACAAUUUUCCUUUUUCAAUUAUCAACCUGGCAGUGAUGGUAAUAAUAAUUUGACUUUCGGAGGAGCAAGUGGUAGCAGCACCAAUCCUACAACAACGUUUAUUAAUUAUGAUCCACAACAACAAGAUAGUACCAGUGUAGGAAGUGAAACGAGUGGAUCCAUGAAUCCACCAACGACCACUUCCCGAAGAGGAAGAAAGAAAUCAUCAUCAAGAGCAUCGGGUGGUUCUUCUUCAGCACAGAAAAAGAAGAAGAAAACUAAAAGUAAAAAACAACAAGAAGCAGAAGAGGAUGAAGAAGAUGAAGAUUUGGAAGAGGAGUUUGCAACACCUCCGCCAGCAAAGAAAAAGGCUUCCACACCACAAGAUGUGGAUGAUGAUGAAGAUGCUAAUGAUAUCGGAUUGGAUCAAUCUUCAAAUACUGGAAAUGAGUUUUAUGGAUCUGGAAUGGAUGAUGAAGAUAUGGACGAUGAAAAUGAUGAAGAUAAUGACGAAGAUAACGAGGAUGAACCAGUGGAAGGAAAAAAGAGAAAACGAAAAUCAAAAUCUGGUGCCGAGUCGAAAGAAGGAGGACCAGGAAGAAAAAAGGCGGAUAUUGCUCCUCAUAUUCGUCAAAUGAUGUAUGGAUUUGGAGACGUGAAACAUCCAUUACCGGAAACUGUGGCCCUAAUGGAAGAAUUGGUCAAGGAGUAUGUGCAUGAAAUUGUCAUGGAGGCUACGAAAAUGUCAAAACGAGGAAAGUUAAAUCCAGAAGAUUUGAUAUUUCUCAUAAGAAACGAUACAAAGAAAUACCUCAGAGUGGAUGAAUUAUUGAGGAAAUAUCAAGAAAUUAAGAAGGCCAGAGAUUUUUAA